AUGCGUUCCAAAAUUAGAAAUUAUGAAAAUGAUAAAACGUCUCAGAAUGAAAAUGAAUCAGAAGUAGUUAAAACUUUAUCUAUUUCAUAUAACUAUUCCGUUUCGUAUUUACAAACUCUGAUUGCGCAUAUUGUUGUUGAUAAUAAACCAUAUCCAGUGAGAGUAUUAUGUGAUUCAGACUCUCAGAAAAGUUAUAUUAAGAAUUCGAUUGCAAAAGAAUUUAACUUGAUACCACAGCGCAAGAGAUAUGCUGUAAAGGCCUUAGAAGUACCUAUUCCUCCUUUACCUGAAAACAGGACAAAAAUGCUCAAAACAUUUGAAGUGACAGGAAUCGAUCUCGCCGGCCCAGUUUUCUUGAAAAGGAAUUUAAAGGCUUGGAUAGUAAUUUUCACGUGUGCAGAUUUUAGAGCUGUUCAGCUUGAAUUAAACACUUCUUUGAGCACAAACGUUUUUAUAGAUGCAAUUAGGCGUUUUAUUUCACGAAGAGGUCGAGUUGGAGUCACGUAUUCAGACAAUGAUUCGAAUUUCGUAGGUUUAAAUAAAGCUAUGAAUCAAUUGGUUUGGGCUGAUAUCGAAAGGAAGUAUGUUUUAUUGAAAAUAAAAUGGAAAUUCAAUCCUCCCACAGCGUCAUGGUGGGGAGGAUUUUGGGAGAGGUUAAUAAGAAUUUUAAAGGAUCUAAAUUUGAGACACGCUUGUUUAAGAUAUGAAGAAUUUCUAAUCCUUUUGUGCAAAUGUGAAAGCCUAAUGAACAACAGACCUUUGACGUACCUGUCGGAGGAAGGUGAUGAUUUGUCACCGUUAAAACCUUCUAUGUUCCUACAAAACGUAAUUGACAGUAAUGUGUAUGAUUUAGAUGAAAUUAAUUCUAUGAGUAUUAUAGAAAGAUGGAAAACUUUACAACGAGUUAGAGAAGGACUUAGAAAUCGUUUUAAGAAGGCAUAUCUAGGCUUUCUCCGAAAUAUUGCAAAGGGAAAAAGAAGAAUAAUUAAAGUGAAUGACAUUGCUCUCAUCGGAAAUGAUAACAAGAAACACAUAGACUGGACGUUGGGUCGAGUACUUGAAUUGUUCCCAGGGAAAGAUAAUAUCACGCGUCUUGUGAAGCUAAAACCAUGCUCUGGAGUUGUACUUAGGCCAUUUCAACGCUUCUUCCCUUUCGAACUAAAUAAAAGUUCAGAUAAACUCCCUUUCAUGGGAAAUAAUGUA